AUGGAUAAAGUGUGGUAUUGUAAGAAAUGCCAUCAAACUUUUUUAACCCUGCGUCUUUUGCGAAUUCAUCGUAAGAACCAUAAAUCUGAAGAUACCGCCGAAAAACACACCUACAAGUUCGACCAAGUACAAGACAUUUACAUUUGUAAUAGUUGUUCAGCUGAAUAUCAAAUGAAGGAAGAGAUUGAAAAACACAUGGAAACACACGAAGAGGUGUUUGUGUGUACCAUCUGCCAAGAAAAAUUUUCUAAAGCGUAUAAUUAUGGUAUUCAUCUAGCUAUACAUAGUGAGGAUAAGAUGUUUAGGUGUCCGCACUGCACUUACAAGGCACCAAAACGCACUAACCUCUUGAUUCAUAUUAAUUUUGUCCAUUUGCGGAAAUUUUACCACAAAUGUAGGAUUUGUGGUAAGGGUUUCAACGAUGCUAUUUUGUUUAAAGAACACAAUAAUGAACAUCUAGGGGUGCGUCCGUUUAUUUGCGUAGUGUGUAAUAAGAGCUUUACUUACUCAAGAUACUUGCUAACACACCAAAUGCGUUAUCAUAGGGUAGGAAUUGAAGGAACUCCACGUCCCAAUCAGUGUAAUUUUUGUUCUAAAGUAUUUAGUAAAGCUGAAAGUUUACAGAAACAUCUUAAUGAAAAACAUAUUAGUGUAAAACCUAGCGAAAAGAAACAUUUGUGUGACUUGUGCGGAAAAGGUUUUACUCAGAAGAAUAAGUUGGAUAUACAUUACAGAGUACAUACAGGGAUAAAACCUUACACUUGUGGUCAUUGUAACAAGUGUUUUACUAAAAAAGACUAUUUAGUGAUGCAUGAAAGAACUCAUACUGGAGAAAAACCGUACUCGUGUGAAUAUUGUGGCAAGUGUUUCAGUCAAGGGGCUCCUCUGAAAAUUCACCAGAGGAUUCAUUCUGGAGAAAGACCUUAUGUUUGUAAAUUUUGUAAUAUAGGUUUUAUUUCUAGAGGCUCUUUGAACACACACAUGAAAAGUUGUACACCAAAGUUGCCUAUUGAUAGGCCACUAUUGCAAGGUACCAUAGCAGAAGGCGAAAAACAGAGGAAGACGAAGGGGAUUAGUUUAUUAAUCUAA